AUGCCUUCAUACCUGGUCACGGGGGCCAAUCGUGGUCUUGGAUAUGGCUUUGUUCGACAACUCACCAAAGAUCCUGCCAAUACCGUCAUCGGUUUAGUUCGUGACAAGGUGGCGGCCGACAACACGGUCGCUGCCGAUGGUCUCAAGAACGUCACUAUGAUCCAAGCUGAAAUCUCCAAUCAUAAGUCAUCGGUGGCCGCUAGAGAUCAAGUAGCCCAAAUCACGGGCGGAUCACUCGACCACCUCAUCAACAAUGCCGCCUAUAUCGACGGCACCACUGCUGAUGCGGGGCUCGAUGAUUUCGAAGACACCCCGGAGACGCUGGAGACCGCGCUCUUGAAUUCUUUCCAAGUGAAUGUUGUCGGUGUCGUUCACACGAUCAAUGCCUUCCUGCCGCUCAUCAAGAAAAGCACCAUCAAGAAGGUGGUUCUUAUCUCUUCAGGAAUGGCCGAUCCUGAUGUGGUCAACGGAGGUGUUUGGAAAUCCGGUCCCUACACCAUCAGCAAAGCAGCAGCAAAUAUGGUUGUCUUCAAGUACAAUGCGAAAUACAAGGACGACGGAAUCUUGUUCUUUGCACUGUCUCCCGGUAUCGUCUCGACUUGGGGCGACAAGGGAGAACCCAAAACUGUCGACGAUUUCAGGAAGAAGGUACCGGGUUGGCCAGGUCCGUUGACUCCUUUGGAAUCGGCAGAAGCCUGCUUGAAUGUCAUUCAUGAUUUCAGCGUGGAGAAGGGGAAUGGUGGGGCUUUCGUGUCUCAUCAUGGAACCCAGCAAUGGCUUUGA